UUGUGUGAAAUCGUUGUUCUACAAGAAAUGGCGAGCGCAAGAGGUGUACGAGCUGUUAUUGUCGGAGGAACUGGAGAGUGUGGAAGGCAUAUUUUAGGAGAAAUCAUCUGCUCUCCUGUUUACACUGAAGUGCUAUCGUUGGGCAGAAGAACAACUACUAUUCCUGAUGUUUACAAAGCUACGGAGUCUGACCUCAAAAAGCUGAAACAAGAAAUUGUUGAUUUUGAUUUGGAGAAGUUUACGGUAGAGAACUGGAAAUCAUACUUUGAGGGCAAGGAUGUGCUUUUUGUGGCUCUUGGAAGUAUCUUCGCCGAAGCUAGACGACAGCCUGGCAGGGCAAUAGAUACUUACAGACUCGUUGACUUUCUUUUGGUUGCGCGUUGUGCUGAGAUUGCUAAAGCUGCAGGAGUUCGCCACGUGAGCAUGUUGUCAGUAGAUGGAGCGAAUUCAAGUAGCUGGUUUAGCAUGUUGAAAGUCAAGGGCGAGGCUGAAGAUGCUGUCGAGGCUUUAGGCUUCGAAAGAACAUCACUCUGGAGAAUACAAUCUGUUGACAAAGACCAAAACUCAUUCUUUGAAAAACUUUGCAAAUUCUUCUUUAAGACUGUUCCUGUUGAAGACCUAGGAAGGGCUCUAAGGGAAGAGUCGGAGCAGUAUGCUUUAAGAAAAGCUGAUUUCCCCCCAGUUUCUCGAUAUUCAAUGAGGGAUAUUUUGGAGUUUGUGAGGCAGGCAAAAGAAGCUGAGGCCAAGAAGGGAGGCAAUGGUGCGAUCUCCGAAGGCAAAGAGGCUGGUCAGCAACCAGGUUGUGAUCAAUCAGAUGAAGGAAGUGAUCCACAUGGUGGCGCAACGUAAAGUGGAAAAAACAGCAAACAAGGAGACUAAUCAUCAUCUUAUUGACUGAAGGACUAUAGUGAAUGUCCAUGUAUGCUUGUUGCGUUGUUUGCUGCUGGUUUUAGAAUGGAUUAGAGCAUUGUUGUAUUAUGGCUAAACAAGUAUAUUAUAGCUAACCUGCAUGUUAUUGAGCAUUUCAAUUUCACACA